UCUUUUGAUAUCUUUUGGAUCUUUGCAGGGACAAAAGAUGGAGACACCUCAAGAGGUUGUCUUGGGAACUUUAGAAGAUUUGGGAGACGAGGACUUUGAAAGAUUUAAGUGGCACCUGCAGCAAAAAGGGGCCCUUGAAGACUUCCCAGCAAUCAGAAAAAGCAAACUGGAUAAUGUAAACAGGGUGAAGACAGCGGACCAGAUGUUCUUGACCUACAGUAUGAACACAAUUAAAGUGACCAGAAUAGUUUUAAUGAAGAUGAAUCAGAAUGAGCUAGUGAAGAAUUUAUCAAAUUUAUCAAACACCAUCUCAGAACCUGCAGAGAUUCUUGCUUCAUGCCAGCAAAAAGUCAAAUCCAACUCACAAAAGAAGGUCCAGUGUGUGUUUGAGGGGAUUGCUAAAGCUGGAAACAAAAUCUGUCUGAAUAAGAUGUUCACAGAGAUCUGCAUCACAGGCGGAGAGGCUGAAGAGGUCAAUGAUGAACAUGAGGUCAGACAGAUUGAAACAGCAUCCUGGAAACCAAACAGACCAGAAACAACAAUCAUAUGUGAGGACAUAUUUAAAGCCCCACCUGGAAGAGAUGAACAAAUCAGAACAGUGAUAACAACGGGAGUGGCUGGCAUCGGGAAAACAGUCUUAACAAAGAAGUUCACUCUGGACUGGGCUGAAGACAAAGCCAACCAGGACAUCCAGUUCACAUUUACAUUCACCUUCAGAGAGCUGAAUGUGCUGAAAGAGAAAAAGUACAGCUUGGUGGAACUUGUUCAUUUGUUCUUUAGUGAAACCAAAGAAGCAGGAAUCUACAGGUUUGAAGAGUUCCAGGUUGUGUUCAUCUUUGACGGUCUGGAUGAGUGUCGACUUCCUCUGGACUUCCUCAACACUGAGAUCCUGACUGAUGUUACAGAGUCCACCUCAGUGGGUGUGCUGCUGACAAACCUCAUCAGGGGGAAACUGCUUCCCUCUGCUCGCCUCUGGAUAACCACAAGGCCUGCAGCAGCCAAUCAGAUCCCUCCUGAGUGUGUUGACAUGGUGACAGAGGUCAGAGGGUUCACUGACUCACAAAAGGAGGAGUACUUCAGGAAGAGAUUCACAGCUGAUGAGAAGGCCAGCAGAAUCAUCUCCCACAUCAAGACAUCACGAAGCCUCCACAUCAUGUGUCACAUCCCAAUAUUCUGCUGGAUUACUGCUACAGUUCUGGAGAAGGUGUUGAAGACCAGAGAGGGAGGAGAGCUGCCCAAGACCCUGACCGAGAUGUACAUCUACUUCCUGGUGGUUCAGUCCAAACGGAAGAAUGUCAAGUAUGAUGGAGGAGCCGAGAAGGAUCCACACUGGAGUCCAGACACCAGGAAGAUGAUCGAGUCUCUGGGAAAACUGGCUUUUGAGCAGCUGCAGAAAAGCAACCUGAUCUUCUAUGAAUCAGACCUGACAGAGUGUGGCAUCGAUAUCACAGCAGCCUCAGUGUACUCAGGAGUGUUCACACAAAUCUUUAAAGAGGAGAGAGGACUUUACCAGGACAAUGUGUUCUGCUUUGUCCAUUUGAGCAUUCAAGAGUUUCUGGCUGCUCUUCAUGUCCAUCUGACAUUCAUCAACUCUGGAGUCAAUCUGCUUUUGGAAAAACGGAAAACAACCUCGUUGUCUAACGUCUUCAGAGACAAAUCAACAUGUUUCUACCAGAGUGCUGUUGCCAAGGCCUUACAGAGUCCAAAUGGACACCUGGACUUGUUCCUCCGCUUCCUCCUGGGUCUUUCACUGGAGACCAAUCAGAAUCUUCUACGAGGUCUACUGACACAGACAGGAAGUAUGUCAGAGACAAACAAGAAAACAGUCGAGUACGUCAAGAAGAAGAUUAAUAAGGAUCUGUCUGCAGAGAGAAGCAUCAAUCUGUUCCACUGCCUGAAUGAACUGAAUGAUCAUUCUCUAGUGGAGGAGAUCCAACAGUCCCUGAGAUCAGGAAGUCUCUCCACGGGUAAACUGUCUCCUGCUCAGUGGUCAGCUCUGGUCUUCAUCUUACUGUCAUCAGAGAAAGAGCUGGAUGUGUUUGACCUGACGAAAUAUGGUGCUUCAAAGAAUGCUCUUCUGAGGCUGCUGCCAGUGGUCAAAGCCUCCAACAAAGUUCUACUGAGUGGCUGUAACCUGUCAGAGAGAAGCUGUGAAACUCUGUCCUCAGUUCUCAGCUCCCAGUCCUCUAGUCUGAGAGAGCUGGACCUGAGUAACAACAACCUGCAGGAUUCAGGAGUGAAGCUGGUGUCUCCUGGACUGAAGAGUCCAGACUGCAGACUGGAAACUCUCAGACUGAGUGGCUGUAACCUGUCACAUAGAGGCUGUAAAGAUCUUUCCUCAGUUCUCAGCUCCCAGUCCUCUAGUCUGAGAGAGCUGGACCUGAGUAACAACAACCUGAAGGAUUCAGGAGUGAAGCUGGUGUCUGCUGGACUGAAGAGUCCAGACUGCAGACUGGAAACUCUCAGACUGAGUGGCUGUAACCUGUCAGAGAGAAGCUGUGAAGCUCUGUCCUCAGUUCUCAGCUCCCAGUCCUCUAGUCUGAGAGAGCUGGACCUGAGUAACAAUGCCCUGAAGGAUUCAGGAGUGGAGCUGGUGUCUGCUGGACUGAAGAGUCCAGACUGCAGACUGGAAACUCUCAGUCUGUCAGGCUGUCUGGUCACAGAGGAAGGCUGUAUUUCUCUGGCCUCAGGUCUGAGCUCCAACCCCUCCCAUCUGAGUGAGCUGGACCUGAGCUAUAAUCAUCCUGGAGACUCAGGAGUGAAUCUGCUGUCAGCAGGACUUGAGGAUCCUAUCUGGAGACUGGGAACUCUCAGGAUGGACCAUGGUGGACCGCACAGGUUGAAACCUGGUCUAAGGAAGUAUGUCUGUCAACUGGAACUGGACACAAACACAGUGAACAGAGACCUCAAACUGUCUGACAACAACAGGAAGGUGACAUUAGUGGAGGAGGAGGAUCAGCCAUAUCCUGAUCAUCCAGAGAGGUUUGACUGGCCUCAGCUGCUGUGUAGAGAUGGUCUGACUGGUCGCUGUUACUGGGAGGUUGAGACGAGAGGACUGGUUAAUAUAUUAGUGAGUUACAGAGGAAUCAGCAGGAGAGGAGGCAGUAGAGACUGUUGGUUUGGAUGUAAUGAUCAGUCCUGGACUCUGAUCUGCUCUGGUGGUCGUUACUCUGUCUGGCACAAUAAGAGAGGAACAUCCAUCUCCUCCUCCUCUGUCUCUGGUAGAGUAGCAGUGUAUGUGGACUGUCCUGCUGGCUCUCUGUCCUUCUACACAGUCUCCUCUGACUCACUGAUCCACAUCUACACCUUCAACACCACAUUCACUCAACCUCUUUAUCCUGGGUUUGGGUUCUGG